AUGGCUUCUGUCUUUCAGCAGGCUUCCAAAGCCGUCGCCAAGGGCAAGCGCAAGGCAGACGCCGCCGAUGACGAUGCCGUCGCCGCUCCGAUCCGCCGCAACAAGCAGAGAGUGCUGAUGCUGCCAUCUCGUGGCGUCACAUCACGUAUGCGUCACCUGAUCAACGAUCUGGAAUCGCUCAUGCCUCAUGCCAAGAAGGACUCGAAGCUCGACUCCAAGUCGCAAUUGCAUCUGCUCAACGAACUGGCAGAGCUCAACAACUGCAACAACGCUCUCUACUUUGAAGCACGAAAGCGCGAGGACCUGUACAUGUGGGCAUCCAAAACCCCCAACGGACCCUCGGCCAAGUUCCAGGUGCAGAACAUCCACACCAUGGACGAGCUCAAGAUGACCGGCAACUGUCUCAAGGGCUCAAGACCCAUCCUGUCCUUCGACCAGCAGUUUGACGAAAAGCCACACUGGACGCUGGUCAAGGAGAUGUUCACACAGAUGUUCGGUGUGCCCAAAGGAGCACGCAAGUCCAAACCUUUUGUCGACCACGUCAUUUCAUUUUCGAUCGUCGACAACAAGAUCUGGUUCCGCAACUACCAGAUCGUCGAAACCGACCCAGGCGCGACAGCAAUGGCCAAGGUGGAAGAGGAGCAGAACGGAAAGAAGAAGUCAACUAGUGCAAAGGGCGAAGCAAGGCAGCCUAAGCUGGUCGAGAUCGGACCGCGCAUGGUGCUGUCGCCGAUCCGCGUCUUCGAAGGCAGCUUCGGCGGCGCUACCGUGUUCGAGAACCCAGAGUACAUCUCGCCCAACGCCAUUCGUCAUAUGGUGCGGAAGCAGAAGGGAAACAAGUACGCCGACCGUGUCAACCAGCAAGAGUCGUUCCGAACCAAGAAGGACCGUCUCAAGCCCCGCGACGAUGCGCUCAGCCGCAACAAGGUCUUUGCUUGA